AUGGCAGCGGACUCGGAGGUGCUGCACUUCCAGUUCGAGCAGCAAGGGGAUGCCGUGCUGCAGAAGAUGAACCUCCUGCGGCAGCAGAACCUCUUCUGCGACGUCUCCAUUUACAUCAACGAUACGGAGUUCCAGGGGCACAAGGUGAUCUUCGCUGCCUGCUCCACCUUCAUGCGGGAUCAGUUCCUGCUCAAUCAGUCCAGGCAGGUGCGGAUCACCAUCCUGCAGAGCGCCGAGGUGGGCAGAAAGCUCCUGCUGUCUUGUUACACUGGUGCUCUGGAAGUAAAAAAGAAGGAGCUGCUGAAAUACCUCACUGCUGCCAGCUAUCUCCAGAUGGUUCACAUCGUGGAGAAGUGUACUGAAGCUCUGUCGAAAUACCUGGAGGUCGACGCUUCCAUGGAGAACCAGGCUGCGGAGAGGUGUCAUUCCUCAGAUGCUGAACUGAGAAAUGGGGAUGAGGGUUUAGAUAAAGACUGUGAAAUAAUCGAGAUCUCUGAAGACAGCCCAGUGAAUGUUGAAUACCCUGUGAAGCAGGAGAAUGGGGACAUCUUGCAGCCCAUAGUGCAGAGCGUGAUCUCGGAAAGGAAGGACACAAAACCCUCGGAAAUAUCAACAGUUGAGAUUGGAUACAAGGAUGAAGAAAUCUGUAUCUUCAGAAUGGAUUCUAUGAGCGUCGCAAAUGUAGAUAAUGAUAAUUUUCCUCAGCCUUGCACUUCCUCUAAAACAAAUUUGUAUUUUCCAGAAACCCAGCACUGCUUGAUAAAUUCUACAGUUGAAAGCAGAAAUACAGAAAUGUCAGGAAAUCACUUUCAGGCUGCAGUCAAUGACAAUCCGGAAGGAACUUACGGUGGGACGAAUGGCUUCCAAAGCGGGGAUGAUUCCAGCAAUUCAUGGCGACACCAGUGUCCAAAGUGUCCCAGGGGAUUUCUGCACCUUGAGAACUACCUUAGACAUCUGAAAAUGCACAAACUCUUCUUGUGUUUGCAGUGUGGCAAAACGUUUACGCAGAAGAAGAACCUAAACAGACACAUCCGGGGGCACAUGGGCAUCCGCCCCUUCCAGUGCAUGGUGUGCUUGAAGACCUUCACAGCCAAAAGUACGCUCCAGGAUCAUCUGAACAUACACAGUGGGGACAGGCCCUACAAGUGUCACUGCUGCGACAUGGACUUCAAACACAAGUCUGCUCUUAAAAAGCAUUUAACUUCUGUUCACGGAAGGAGUAGCAGCGAGAAACCAAACCUGGACACUAUUACGACAGUUAAAAUAGACUAUGAUUGA